AUGGCGUACUAUCGAUUCGUUGCAACCGCUCUACUCCUUCGGCAAUGUCAGCGGUGGCACAAGAUGCAGUCGCGGCAACAGCAACACAGCCAGCCUGCUUGUCCGUCGUCCUUCCUCAGCACCUACCGCGAACAGGCAGGGCAGGGGUGUCGCUGGUGCAGGAUAGAGCCGCCGAUGACACUCAUCGGUUGCCUCCUUGCCGUCGCCGCUGAUUCUGAUGGAGAGGGUUCAGCGGCAGCCUCCAAUGAAACCCUGGCCACCGUCUUCACCCAGAUUUGGCUGGCACAAACAAACAUAGGCCUUCAGUUGCAAAGAUGUUUACUGAAUGAGAAAAACUUAAUUCAAGAUGAGUAUGGCAAUUGCACUGAUAAGACAAGGAAUAUUUUCUGCAAAGUGGUUCUUAACUCUGCUAUGCCUGCUGCCGAUGCCAAAUUGAGACAAAAAAGUGACUUGAAUGAGCCAGUAUAUGACACGCACGGCGAGACUUAUUCUCAGAUGACGUCAAGUGCAACGAGGGCUGGAAAGGCACGGGGAUAUUUCGGACUGUGGUGUAUCCAAAAGGGCACCGUGGAUUGA